AUGCCAACAACCACCGCCACCACCUCAACAGCAACAACGACAACACUAGGUCGCUCCCUCCUCACGCUCGUGGCUCUCUCGACCUCGGUGUCAUGCUACCUCGCCGACUGGAACGAGACGCACGUCAAGAACCCUCGCUGGCCGCCCCACGCGCGCUUCCACAACGGCCAGACCAUGUCCAUGGGUCUGUGUCUGGGUACGUUGACGGCCUACUACACGUGGCGCAUGACGCCUAACGCCGCGGCCGAGAAGGAUUCACUUACCACUGCAGCGCUGAUAGGGACGCUCUACUGGGUCACGGGCAUGAGUGCAAUCUUGUACCCCGGGACAAAGUGGGAGGAUCCCGAGUUUGGAGAGCGGAGUCCCCAGAAGGCCGUGUUCGGGACGCAUGUAGUCUUGUGUUGGAUCGGCUGGUGGCUGGAGAUGAGGAGGCUCCGGCGGCUCAGCUGA